AUUUAGUAUUAAUUGAUACCUAUUUUCAAUUUACGUAUAUUACAAUUACUAGUUACUACAUAAAAAAGGAGUUACUUACUUAGGCACAUAUUAAUAUGGUUUAAAGUUAUUAAAUAUAAUUAAAAUGAUAACAAAAUAUCAGGUCAGAUGUCUACUGCAACAAUCGGUAUUGGUGCUAUUAUUUUGAUUGGACUUUGGUCGUCAUCUUUUAUAUUGUGUCUUCUAUCUCUUCGAACACGUCAUAGUAUUGGACCAGUUGUUUUGGUAUCUACAGUUCUUAUAACAACUAUAUUGCUUUCAAUACCUCGUAGUUCAGUAGAAACAUCUAAAGCAGAUAUUAAGAUAGUAGAUCCACUGUUUGUUUGGCGUUUAGCAACUCUGAUUAUACUGUCUAUAAGUACAGUAAUAGGAUUAGCAGCAUUGUUCUCUUCACAUGUUAUGAGUCGUAAGACUGUGCCACAACUUAAAUCUUGGGUACUAUAAACUAUAACAUAAACAAUGUCCUUCAACCGAUUUCGUUGUUUGGAAAAAGUUCAUCAAACAACUAAACGAUCAAUGUCAGUUGGUCGUGUCUAUCGUAAAUCAUUUACAGUAUGUGGCAGUGAAGACUUUAUACAGAAUGUACUAAAAAGUGAUAUUCCUGUGAUUGUCAAUUUCCAUGCAGAGUGGUGUGACCCUUGUUUAACAUUAACACCAAUGUUAAAAAAGAUGGUUGGGGACUCGCCAUCCAUACAUUUAGCAAUUGUGGAUGUUGAGAAGAAUGCUGAUUUGGUUCACACAUUUGAGGUAAAAGCAGUUCCAGCUGUUUUAGCCAUUCGCGAUGGUCAUGUCAUUGACAAAUUUAUUGGACUCAUUGACAAUGACAUGAUCAAUGAAAUGGUGAAAAAAAUAUCUAAACCAGAAAAAGAAUAGAAAUAAUGAUAAUCAUUCAUAUAUAAUUGUAUAAGAGCAUUAUAUUGUGACACACGUAAUAUAUUAUAUCUUUAUURUAGUUUAUUAUUAGCUUGCUUUUAAAUCAGUUUUUAGACAUCCAUUUUUUAAAUACCAAUUAUUUCUUAAUAUAAUUACAAAUUGUAAUAUUAUUUUGUUUAAAAUUCAGCUCAUGUCUUAGUAUAUUCAACAUUUACUGUUUUUCUAGUCACUAUUAUGUUAUUUGUUU